AGCGGGCUCGACCCGUGGCCGGCCAGUUGGACAGCUGCCGAGUUCGAAAUCUCUGGGCCGCGCAGGCCUGCGGCCGGCACCAGACGCGUGGCUGGCAGAAUGUUGCUUCGACCACAGCCGAACCGAGCGAGCCGAGCGCUGCUGGGCCUGCGCUUCCUGGUCGUCGCCGUGGGUCUCCUCAAGCUCCAGCAAUUGACGCGGCAAAACGCCGCGCAGGGGCGCACCGUGGCCUGCCUGAGAGCACAGCUCGCCGAUUCUGCGAAGCUCGGUGCAUCGCGAGACGUGAAUGCCUGCGGCGUGCCGGACGACGUCACGGUCGCGCCAACUCCUGAGGCUUGCGCGGGCACCGAUGACGCCGCCGUCGAAGACACUGACGAGGCGUUCACGGCGCCGCGCCUCGCGACGCUUGCAGCGACGCUGGUCUGCGUCGCCGCCGCCGCGGUCGCGCUCCGACGCAUCGACGACCUGCUGCCGGCCCGCGACGGGCACCGGGCGAGCGAGCGCCUCGCCUACCGCAUCGACUGCUGGUUCUCCUCGAACCCGAACGCGAAGAUCCUCGCGCUGCUCUACGUCUCGAUCGCGAUGGUUCUCGUCGGUGGCCUGUUGCUCUACGGCGUCUCGUCCACGGGAUUUGGGGAGGCCGUGUGGGAAAACGUGGCCCUCGUUGGCAUCGACUUCACGGCCGCGUCGGCCACGGAAAGCUCGCUAUCGGCCCGCGUCGUCGCCGUCGCCUCCGCCCUCGGCGGCAUGUUCAUCACCGCCUUGCUCCUCGGCAUCGUCUCGGACGCCGUCGGAGACUACGUAGAUGACCUCAAGAAGGGACGAAGCGACGUAUUGGAAACGAACCACACUUUAGUUUUAGGAUGGAGCGACAAGACGUUACCCAUCGUCGAGCAAGUGUCCAACGCCAACGAGUCCGAGGGCGGCGGCGUCAUCGUGAUACUGGCGGAGAUGGAAAAGGAGCGCCAGGAGGAGUUGAUUGGGGAAUUUGAAUACGAGAGUCUGGGCACGCGCGUCAUUUGUAGAGAGGGCAAUCCUCUGUUGGUGGCAGAUCUCAAAAAGGUGAAUGCCGCCGGUGCCCGCUCGACCAUAAUCUUAGCGGGCGAGGGCACCGCCGACCAGGCCGACGCCAAGUCUCUGCGAGUUGUUUUGUCUCUCGUCGGUCUCCGAGCCAAGUGCGCCUCGAAGGGCCACAUCGUGUGCGAGAUGUGCGAUGUGGAUAACGAGCCUCUCGUGAAAAUGGUCGGCGGCGAGGCCGUGGAAACAAUUGUAGCGCAUGACGUCAUUGGGAGGUUGAUGAUCCAAUGCGCGAGACAACCGGGCUUGGCCCAGGUCUGGAACGACGUCUUAGGUUUCGAGGGCUGCGAGUUUUAUUGUUCCGAGCAUCCGGAACUCGUUGGUUGUUCUUUCGAUGAUGUGGUCCUACGCUUCGCCGACGCGGCGCCGCUCGGGUUGCUGCGACAUAAAAAUGUGAUGAUCAACCCGCCGCGCGGCGAAGUCGUGCAAAGGGGUGACCGGAUCAUCGUAUUGGCCGAGGACGACGAUUCGUACGAAGUCGGUCCCAAGCCCUCCGAUAUAAUUGUGGAGCACGAAGAAGACGUGCACACACCGAAAACACCGAGACCGGAGCGCGUGCUCUUCUGCGGCUGGCGGCGGGAUCUGGAUGAUGUGAUCCAGCUCCUGGACGAUUUCGUGGUCGCCGGCUCGGAGCUCCACCUCUUCUCUGGGUUGGACGUCCAGGAGCAAAAGGACCGCCUCGCGCGAGCUAGGGACCAGCGCAAGCGGCCACCUACCUUAAGCAAGCUCAAGGUCGUCCACGCGACGGGCGACCUGUGCUCGCGGCGGGAUUUGGAGAGGUUACCUCUCGAAAGAUUCACGUCGUGCAUCAUUCUCGCGGAUGACGCCGCCGAGAAGAACGCGACGGACAAGGACUCGCAGGCCCUCGCUACCUUACUCCUAUUGAGAGACAUCCAGAACACCCGCAUCCGGAACGCGCGCGAGCCCCUGUCGCCGCGCGGGGAAGAGUCGAAGUCGCCCUGGGCCGUCGCCGACUGGGCGGGCGACCUCUCGCAAGCGAAGGAUAGGUGUGUUGUGCUCUCCGAGAUUUUGGAUGCGCGGACGCGCGCUUUGAUCGCCGAUGCGGGCAUCAGCGACUACGUGCUCUCGAACUCCAUGGUCUCGGACGCGAUCGCGAUGGUCGCCGAGGACCGCGACGUGAACCGCAUUCUGAACUCGUUGUUCGAAGAGAGCGGCGCGGAGAUCUACAUCCGUCCAGCGGGCCACUACAUUCCCGACGGCGCGCACCUGUCCUUCUUCGACGUCGCCGCCGCGUGCCGCGCGCGCGACGAGCCGGAGACGCUCGUCGGCUUCCGGCGGACGGGCGACGACCGCGCCGUCGUCAACCCGCCCGACAAAUCCACAAAACGCGUCUGGGACUACUACGACAUGCUCGUCGUUUUGGCCGAGGACUGAGCAAUUCGAAUUUAACCUUAUCUAUUUAUAACUCUACAACAGACUCUGCUCCGGGUGCUACGCCGCAUUGCAUCCACCGGGCACACGAGAACACACGUGACAU